AGUUGCGCACGCAUAAUAAUGUCCAUGUGGUAACUGAUAAGGUGGUUUGUUGUGUUUCUGUACAGACAGUUGUUUAGAGUUUACAGUAAAGUGAUUUUAUUUUAAUUAAAAUAAUUUAAAAUGAAAAGCAAAGAAUAUUGGAUGCAGUUUCUGAAAGAUGCCGGUAUCCCGAAGAACGUUUUGGAUACUUAUGCGGCAAGCUUUGUGUACCAUUGUGUAAGACGAAAAGACUUGCAAUUUUUCAGUUACGAGGCAAUGAAGGAUAUGGGAAUAGAGGAACAUGAAAUCACGAAAAUAAAAUUGUACGGUCGAAUACAAGAUUACAAUGAAUCGAAGUCCUCGGAGGUGACACCGCCACCUACUGAAUUACAAAAGUUAGAAGAGGAAAUACCCAUCAAAGUUCGCUGUUCGUCUCCCAUGGUUCAAGAUGACAGUGUAGUGGCUGCUUGUUCUCAACCAUGCAGUUCUUUUAGCGUCGAAGAACAAGAGAAAGCCAGCUAAUGUGGAAUGGUUCAUGGUUGGGUAUUGAAUACUAAUAUUUCAACAUCUCCUAUGUAUUAUAUUCUUCGGUUCUUUAUUGAUAAUAAUCUGUACAAUAUAAAUUUACUCUCACUGUUGCAA